AUAAUUAGACAAUUGAAACCAUUGAAGAUGAGAAUCUCUCUCCUCCCAAAGAUCUUGUGGCUUGGGUACUUAGCUACCUCAAUUCGUCUAUGAAUAAAUGUUGAAAACUAUGAUUAAACCUCUGAAUAUGGAAAUCUAGGAAGCAAAUCUCAUAUAGAAAAUGAUAUGGUGGCACAAGUCAACUUCAUGGAUACUUCUUUGGAUGAAUUGCCUGCCUCGGAGCAAAUCCCUCAAUCAUAUGAAGACCUUAACGUGAAAGCCAGAAUUGAAGAAGCCGAGAAGAUGAUCCAGAAAUGGAAUCAAGAUGGGCAACAGAUUGCUGAAAAACUAAGAUCGAAAAUGUUAGAUAGGAACUCGACCACUUUCCGGUUGGAGGUUGUAAAAUGUCCAGAUCAGUGGUUGAAGAUCAGGCAGGUUUUGAAGAGAAAGGAUCUGGAACCUCUGCAACUAGCUCUAGACAGAUUUUGUUUUGCAAACAAAGCAUGCCGAGGCAGGACGAAUAUCGGUUCAUGUUCAUCUGCAGAAGGGCUUAAUCCCUUUAGUUUUCAUUAUAAAAUGCUGCAUAAGGCCAAAAACUUAGGAGAGGAGAAACAGCUCCUCAGGAAGAUAGAUGCAAGCCAAAGGAGGGAUGUUGAUUCAUGCAUCUCAGUAGAAAAGCUUAACUAUAGAAUCAAGAUGUUGUACAACAAGAUGGAAUGGGAGAGAAACAGCUCUGAGAAAAAGCAGCUCCUUAGAAACAUCAAAGAGCUUGAAGUGGAAAGGGACAAAGCUCUCUCUAAUGCUAAUUCCCAUUUGUUGGGUUCAAAAGAAGAUAUACAAAACCAUAUCAAAAUUAUCAGUAAUGAUUUGGUUCAAAUAAGGAAGGAACAUCUGCCAAUCAAGGCUAAAAUUAAGCAUGUUGAGAAAGAGAUGAAUGUCAUAGAAAAGGAUGUAGGUUCUUUACAGAAGAAGUUGGUAGCUAUAAACCGAAAAAAAGACAAAGCAUAUAGUUCUGUUCUUGAAUGGAAAAAACUGCUAGGCGAGGCAGUAUAUGAAGACUCCUAAUUGUUUUAUGUUCAAUUUGCAACUUGAUUUAUAGCUUUAAAUAGUAUCAUUUUCUGUUUGUACCUAUUAUCAAUAACUACUAUAUUUGAAACCAUGGUAUGUAUAUGUAACAACACAUCAAGUCCUCUUUGUCCUCAACCUUUUUUUUUUUUUUUUUCAUUUUUUCUGUUGAAGUUCUUAAGAUUAUGCAUUAACCAUUACAAGCAUGUAACAAAACCAAAUUCAG